GCAAACUCGUUUUAAAUGUAUAAACCCAUUUUUCAAUUUCUGAUUAGUUUUUGCUUAGCGAUAACAAGGCUUAUCACCCAUCACGACCCGACCCGGCCCGGCCCGGCCCGACCCGACCCUCAUGAUUUGGAUCCAACGCCUCUGGGUGGGUGGGGGUUUUCAAUCGGAGUCGGCGGUUUCUCUUUUCCCGUUUCCCGCUGUUUCCCAUUUUCGAAGGAGACGAGAGAAGGAGAGGCGAUUUCUAUCUCUGAUGGAGUCGGAGAGGAUCGCCGGCGAGGAUCGGGACAUGGACGGCGAGUUCGAUUCGGUGCGAGAGGUGUCCAGAGAUCGUUUCAGACUCUCCUCCAUCUCCAUCGCCAAUGCUCAAGCCCGGAGAAGUGGCUCGGAGAUUUCGGAACCCGUCGUCGCCUGCCUCGCCGAUUUGGCUUUCCAAUUCUCAGAACAGUUGGCCAAGGACCUCGAGCGUUUUGCUCACCAUGCUGGCCGUAAGUCCGUCAACACGGAUGAUGUGAUCCUCUCUUCGACACUGGCGGCGCCGCCUUCGAGGUUUUUCCAACUCCUUGUUUUGAUCUACUGUCGUGUGGCAGCACAUAGGAAUGAGCACCUGGCCGUCUCGUUGAGGUCCUUUUGCGACGAACUCAAACUGAAAGAACCCCAGUCUCUGAAGAAGCGUAAGAGGUUACCAGCAAAAGAAGCCAAAGCUACCACCAGUGCGGUACACAUUUCCGACCUGUGAAUCAGAGGCUUUUACAUGCAGAUUGUCCUUUGUGGCAAUUGAAGCAUGCAAUGGAGAAGAUACUUGAAGCGAACAAUGUUAAUGGAAAGCACUUGAGUGGACCAUGUUUUGCCUUAUCUCUGUUGCAUCUACGGAAGCUGGAACCAACUACUUGGGCGAAAUGCCAUGUUGCACUUUUGGGAUGUAGCAGUUGAUACAUGAGAUCGGCUCAAUUUUUGCUGAUUAGUUAGGAGUCUCUGUAUACUUGUCCUGACUAUUUUGUAUUUCAUAUAUGUCUCCGCACAAUGUUGGAGUA